ACAGUGAUCAGGAGAAAGGCACUCAGCCCCGCCCAGCCCUGCUCCACCCCGCCUGGCCCCGGCCAAUCGGAGCCAUGGCCUUCACCCUAUCAGAGAUCAUGGCGAUGCGGAGACAGCAGAGGGGGGGAGGAGUGACUGUGGACGACUACAGCGCCAACCCAACACAGGCCUUCACCUUCUACAACAUCAACCAGGGCCGCUUCCAACCGCCCCACGUACACAUGGUGGACCCCCUGCCCCAUGACGCCCCCAAACUGCCCGGUUACACCCGCUUCGUCUGCGUCUCGGACACACACUCCCGCACCGACUCCAUCCACAUGCCGUUCGGAGACGUCUUCAUCCACGCCGGCGACUUCACCGAGCUCGGCCUGCCCAGCGAGGUCAAGAAGUUCAACGAUUGGCUGGGCACCUUGCCCUACGAGAUAAAGAUUGUGAUCGCCGGGAACCACGAGCUGACCUUUGACCAGGAGUUCAUGGCCGACCUGGUGAAGCAGGACUUCUACUACUUCCCCUCAGCCACCAAGCUGAAGCGGGAGAGCUAUGAGAACGUGCGCUCCCUGCUCACCAACUGCAUCUACCUGCAGGACUCCCAGGUCACGGUCAGGGGCCUGCGCAUCUACGGCACACCCUGGCAGCCUUGGUAUUACGGCUGGGGUUUUAACCUCCCUCGAGGUCAGGCCCUACUGGACAAGUGGAACCAGAUUCCCGAUGACACCGAUAUCCUCAUCACACACUGCCCCCCACUGGGGUUCCUGGACUGGGUCCCUGGGAAGAUGCAGAGGGUGGGGUGCGUGGAGCUGCUCAACACAGUGCAGAGGAGAGUUCAGCCCAAGCUGCAUGUGUUCGGACACAUCCAUGAAGGCUACGGAAUGAUGACUGACGGCAUCACGACCUUCGUCAACGCCUCGGCCUGCACAGUCAACUUCCAGCCCAUGAACGCGCCCAUCGUGUUCGACCUGCCCACUUCCAGGAGCACGUGAGUGAGGGAGCUCAGCCCCCUGCCCUGCCCCCAUGGACCUUACGCUGCGGCAGGUGGGCUGGAACGUGGGUAUGGUGGGUGGUACCCAUUCUGACUGUCUCAGAUGGUCCUGCUGUGGACUCCACACCUGCGCGUGUGCUGGGUCCUCUUACCUUUUUAUUUAUUUCAAACAUAAAGAACCACACUGCAAAACAGCCUCCCUCUGGGACGUUCUAGAACUUUCUCUGCAAGCUUUCAGCUUCAUUCCUUCAUAGUCUCCCUGGAGGGGGCGAUGACAGGGAGCUCACAAUGCUGUACCCCCCCUCCCCCGCCGCCCUCUCUCUCUUUCAUUCUUUCUCGCUUUCAAUAUCUCUGUCUUUCUCUCUCUUUCUCUCAAGCUACCACAGCACCUCUCUUUCAGUGUUUGCUCAGACUGAGUUUGUUUUUUUAUUAUUUUCACUUGUACUUUGUUCAUUGGUUGCGCGAAGCAGGAAUAAACUGCAUUUCCCACCAAACCCCCCUGCACUACUCAUCCCUCUGAGGAAGAGUGCGCUUGGAAUUCCAAAACUGUGGUACCAAACUUCCCGAGUCCCCGAAUGAACUGUCGGUUGCUGUGAGUGGAGCAAACAGUCUCUAAUUUAGAGCCACAACAGUGCGGGGCAGAACUGCUAAGUGUCACGUGCGUUUUGGUGUGGCCCACAGGCCAGGAGGUGUGCGGGUGAAAGCAGAGGGGUGUCUGGGCGUGGGCAGAGGAAACACAUUCCAUAGGCCUUUUCCAGCAUGUGUUGGUACAUUCAGAAAUACGUACACUCUCAGAAAUAAAGGUACAAAAAGUGCCUAAAAGGGUAUAAAUGCUUCUCGCUGGGGUGGUACCCUAUAAGUACAUAAAAUUGUACCCCUAGCCAGAAAAAAACAUGCUCAUUUGUACCCAAAGAGAAUAUUACCGUACUUUCUGUGUACUUUUGAGAAAUUUGAUCCUUGAAGUACAAAAAGGAUUUGGUUUAUUUCUGAGAGGGCACCUGCUCUGUUAAUUUUUUCUUUGGAAAGACAUUAAAUAUUUAUGUGUGUUACAAGUCAGCCACUGUACUCUCCUAUUGCUGAAAACUGUUUUACGGGAUGAGAAUGUUACAUGAAUUGUGCAAUGUUAUAGUAUUUAUUGCAACAUGUUUUCUAAUGACUAUCCUUACUUGUUUGAACAGUAUUAUUUUACUGUUUCCAGAUAAUUUAAUACUGUAAAUUGCCUGCUCUUUAAAAUGUUACAGCCUUCUCAAACUCAGAGCAACAUUAUCUCUCUCUGUGUGGGUAACAUACUGAAUCUGUUGGAGUUGAAUUUGAAUCUCAAUGUGUCCUCUACUUCAGUUUGAUUUAAAGCUUUUUUAGCCUCCCGGCUGUAAUAUAUUCCUGUGGGUUUUACAUAAAUUUUCACCAGUAAUGAUCAUUGUAUUGGAUUAAUAUUUAAUGCAGUCAAAGUGAUGGGAAUGCUGAUGUCUUUUUCUCAAGAUGAAUGAGUACAAUUACCAGACAUGUACAGUGCAAACUUGCAAUAAUCAUAAGGCACUGUGAGAUUAUACAGUAUGAAUCCUGCUUACGUCUAAUAUUGGCUUUGAGAUAAUCAGUUACUGUAAGUAACUAGUAGUGGGUUCCAAUAGUGCUGCUUUCAUUACCUGCUCAAAGUCUGCAGCUCUCUGAGCAUUUCAGCAACGUUCUACAGAACUCAAGGCCCGGUGUAGCCACGAUAAGAUUCACACAGCUGUUGGGCCCUUGAGCAAGGCCCUUAACCCUGCAUUGCUCCAGGGAGGUUUGUCCCCUGCUUAGUCCAAUCAACUGUAAGUUGCUUUGGAUAAACGUGUCAGCUAAAUAGCAAAUUAUUAUUAGAACACUUUACAUUUUAGAUUAGGCCCAUCUGCAUGUAUUCUUGGUGAAACUGAUAUUGUCUUAAAAGGUGUGUUUGAGUGCAUCCUAUGUCCUCUUAUUGUGAGUUCCAAACUGUUACAUGUUAUUGUCUGGUUCAGCGACUGGCUGGUUGAGAUGGUAGAAUGGUUCAGUGAUUGGCAGGCUGGGAAUGAUGGAAUUGUUCUGAUUGGCUAAUGAGGAAGUACAGAUGGUGGGCUAUGAUAGGGUGGGUAGUGAUUGGCUUGUGCAGUGAUAGGGAGAUGGUGGAACUUGGUGCUGUUCUCUCCUGAAGUGCUAGUGAGCAGGUCCAGGCAGUGUUUGUCUGACAAACAUUUUACAGAAAAUGCAGGGUACAUUUAAUUCAAGGACUGACUAAAAAUGAAUUUAUGGUCCAUUAAACAUUAUUCGAGCUGUUUUAAAACAAGCUUCAGUAAGAUUUAUCUCAGUGUAUGAAAUGUUUAUUUUCCAUGUUUGUGUUUAAAUGAUGCUCUUUUCUCAUUUGCUGUGUGUAGUUCCUGUUUUCUCUGAAAAUACGGUCUGGGGGUGUUUCUGGUUUCUAUCCUUCCCUCAUCAGGCAUGUUGUUAUAAAUCACUCACUCGCUUUUUUGCGUUAUGUAUUUUGUCUGGGAUAUACUAAUAAAAUGUUUUGAUUUAGAA